AUGCCUGUGUAUAAGAAAGUCCGCCUCAUUGGCUCAGGUUCCUUCGGACGCGCAUACCUUGUUCGUGACAAAGACGAUGAACAGAAGUUAUACGUUAUGAAACUCAUUGACAUCUCCCAGAUGGACGGAAAAAUGAGAGAGGAUACCUUCAAUGAAGCCAAGGUCUUGUCUACUCUCAAGCCUCACCCUUUCAUCAUUCGAUAUCACCAGAGCUAUAUCUACGAAGAUCACCUCUGUAUAAUCAUGGACUUCGCUGCGGGAGGAGACAUCGCCGCAAGAAUCCGCGAGCAAAAGCGGUCUGGCCAGAGAUUCGACGAGAGCCUCAUCAAACGGUGGAUCGCCCAAGCAACAAUUGGCCUGAACUAUUUACACAACAUGCACAUUCUUCACCGAGAUUUGAAGCCGCAGAACCUUUUCUUAACGGCGAACGACGACCUUCAGAUCGGCGACUUCGGGAUCGCCAAGAUCCUCGAGUCUCCUUCCGCCUGCACGCAGACGACAAUCGGGACGCCUUACUACCUCAGCCCGGAAAUUUGCAAAGGAGAAAGCUAUUCACUGCCUGCGGAUAUCUGGUCCCUCGGGUGCAUUCUUUACGAGCUCGCCUCAUUGACUGUUCCGUUUCACGCGAACGACUUGAAGGGCCUCGUUGACUCUAUUUCGAAACUGCCCGUCCCUGCCAUGCCUUCUGUAUACUCCGACGAGCUUCGACAGCUCUGCAUAGACAUGCUGAACAGAGAUCCGUCGAGGCGUCCAACAGCGGCGCAGAUCAUCAGGCUCUCUCCGAUAAAGGAGGAAAUUGAUAAAAUCAAGUCAAAGAGAAGAAACUCUUUCAGCACAGGUAUUGCCCCCCUCGCCCCAGUCCGCUCGUCUUCCGCGGUGGAAGCUGCAUAA